UAUCAUAUCGAUUUAUUUUUCUGCGUAUACAGAACGUACUUUCCUUUCGUUGUAUUCACAAAAAUAAUAUUUUUAUACACCUGCGGAAACCUUUUACAUUAAAAAAUGUGUCGCUAAUUUAGUGUGUAUUGUAUAUUGUAUACGAAUUGCCCGGCAGAUAAAUAAAAAGUCAAUCGCAAUAAAAACAAAAUAAAUAUAUUUGCUUGCUUUGAACUUAAUUGGUGAGCCAUGGAGGAUCCGAAUCGCAUGUUGGCUCACACCGGCGGCAUGAUGGCUCCGCAAGGAUACGGUUUGUCUGGCCAGGACGAUGGCCAGAAUGCUGGCAGCGAAAACGAGGUGCGCAAGCAAAAGGACAUUGGCGAGAUCUUGCAACAAAUAAUGAGUAUUUCUGAACAAUCACUUGACGAGGCGCAAGCCAGAAAACAUACACUUAAUUGUCAUCGGAUGAAGCCGGCACUCUUUUCCGUAUUGUGCGAAAUUAAGGAAAAGACUGUCCUUUCCAUUCGGAAUACCCAGGAGGAGGAGCCCCCAGAUCCACAACUGAUGAGAUUAGACAACAUGCUGAUUGCUGAGGGCGUGGCUGGACCCGAAAAGGGAGGUGGCGGAGCGGCCGCAGCAUCUGCGGCUGCUGCCAGCCAGGGUGGAUCCUUGUCCAUCGAUGGCGCUGACAAUGCCAUCGAGCAUUCCGACUAUCGUGCCAAGCUGGCACAGAUCCGUCAAAUCUAUCAUCAAGAGUUGGAGAAAUACGAGCAGGCAUGCAAUGAGUUUACCACGCAUGUCAUGAACCUUCUACGCGAACAAAGUCGUACGAGACCCAUUACACCAAAGGAAAUCGAACGAAUGGUGCAGAUUAUCCACAAGAAGUUCAGCUCCAUACAAAUGCAGUUGAAGCAGUCGACCUGCGAGGCUGUAAUGAUUCUUCGUUCGCGUUUCCUAGACGCUCGUCGCAAGCGCCGCAACUUCAGCAAGCAGGCAUCUGAAAUUCUCAACGAGUACUUCUACAGCCACUUGAGCAACCCAUAUCCAUCCGAAGAGGCCAAAGAGGAAUUGGCACGAAAAUGUGGCAUCACGGUAUCGCAAGUGUCCAAUUGGUUUGGCAACAAGCGAAUUCGCUACAAGAAGAAUAUUGGUAAGGCACAGGAGGAGGCCAACUUGUAUGCGGCCAAGAAGGCUGCUGGUGCUUCACCGUAUUCCAUGGCCGGUCCUCCAAGUGGGACAACCACACCUAUGAUGUCACCCGCUCCGCCACAGGACUCGAUGGGCUAUCCAAUGGGCUCGGGUGGCUAUGACCAGCAGCAACCGUACGACAACAGCAUGGGUGGUUACGAUCCCAAUCUACAUCAGGAUCUAAGCCCCUGAGGAUCAGGGCUGUGAACCACUCCCAAUCGGAGACUCCCCCAUACAGUUGCGGUCAAAAUAACUGCUCUGAAAAUCUAUCAUGCAGUUUCUUCCUAACUAAGUUCUCUUGCGGCGAAAUACGUUUUAUAUUUGCUCUUUUGCCAAGACCAACAGUUCUGCUUUCCUUUUUUUUUCUCCUUCAGUUAAGUUUUAAAUUCGCGCAGAUUAAGAUAUAGACAUUAGGACUUAAAUACGAUUACUUAAUAGUUUGCGUUUGCUAGAUUUUGGUUCGUGAAAAAACAUAAUCCUUCGAAACAAAUGAGUAUAACAAUCAAACCGGGAUAUUAAGAGCUCGCUUAAUUAAAUGUUUGCCUGUUAAAAAGUUUUGGCAAUUUCUUAUAGGCUUUUUAAUUAUCGAUCAAGUGCAAGCAUGUGUUUAACAUGCAAACUGUAAAAUAAACAAAUACGUAAUAUUUUAUUAAGGCAGCUAUACUUUUUUGGCCCACAGACAUCGGAGUCAGAUCGUAACAUGAAUCCUUAAGAGAAAAGUAAUUAAUGCAGAGCCUUCUUCUGUAGGACGUCAUUAGCUUAUAUAUUAAUCAUUGAAAACAUAUUCAAAGAAACGCAAUUUAACUGGUAGUAUACGAAUAUUUUAAUAUAGAACGGAAGCACAAUUUUCAGGGCUUUCACUUUGACCGCAGCUGUGUAUAAAUAUAUUUUAAUACAUUUACCUAUAUUUGCGGGUAUAUACAAAUAUUGCAUGUGUAAAUCAUACUAUGACGAUUCUUUUUGGCUACAGUACGUAUACGACAGCAAAAUAGUGUUUACUAAAUUUAAACCUGUACGAAAUUUUUAACUUGAACAAUACGAAACUAAACCAUGUAUACGAUGUAUAUCAAAUAAAUAAAUAAUACAUGUUGUUGUUA